GUUGCGAUCUUUUCCACCAGGUUUAAAUGGUCCUUGACCCUGUUGGGGUGGUGGUGGCGGGUAAACGAGCGACAGGUGCAUGCAGUAAUGAUUAUUAAUUGUUGUGUCAUCAAAGAGAGUAUAACGCAUUGUUAAUGGGAAAUUGAUUCUCCGGUCGUAACGGUGGAGCGUCGGCAAAUGCAUUACUCGAAGCAAUUUCAGUGUUGUGCUGCGGCGAAUAUGUAAUAUGGAAUUAUUUGCUUGUACUUUACAUUUUUAAUUUAAAUCUAUCAGGGGAAAAAACUAGUGCAUUGCAAAUAGCAACAAGUGCGUAAAUCGUUCGUGCGUAAUGCGCAACCAUAAUUUGACAUAUGAAAGCGCCUGACACGUAUGCAAGCAAUGCGUUUAGAAAAUUCAAAAUUCAAAUCUCACCUAAUGCUCACUUGACAACGUGUUUUUAAAGCGUGCUUGCGCCGAUUGUUAGUGUCUUGCGUCAGUUUUGGUUUGCACACUCACGAAGAUGAUAUGCAGAUUCGCUUGUGUUUCCAUUUUUUUUUUCGUGCGUAAUCAUACCGGAAAUACUCAACGCAUCUGCGACGCGGUAUAAAACCAAGAAGCAAACAGAUGAAGUGACAACAUUUGUAAAACAGCGCGAUAUAAAGCCGAUUCGGCGAAAACGCACUUGCCAUCGUUGAAUUCCGGAUCAUGGCAAACGGUACCUGCCAACGGAAGUGUACACAGUGUGUGUGAAUUGGAAGGAAGAAAGAAAAAACAUUACAUUGACGAAAAGAUGAACAUACUGGUCGUCACCUUCACCGUCGUCCUGACGGUUUACAUUGUGCUGUCGACCGCAUUCGAAAUACCGGAUCGUUACAAAAAGCCGGCCAAAAUGUUGCACGAAAUUUGCUUGGCAGAAUCGGGCGCAUCGGAGGAGCUCCUGCGCCAAUGUUUGGACGGAACGGUACAUAAUGAUCCGGCUGUGAAGUGUUACAUACACUGUCUGUUCGACAAGAUCGAUGUUAUCGAGGAGGAUACGGGACGCAUCUUGUUGGAUCGAUUGCUGUACAUCAUCCCGGACGAUGUGAAGGAAGCGGUGAAUCAUUUAACACGCGAAUGUAGUCACAUCGUUACUCCGGAUAAAUGUGACACCGCCUACGAGACAGUGAAAUGUUACUUCAAUGCGCACGAUGAGGUGAUCAAGUUUUGUCACCUUCUGGUGAUGGAAUGAAAGUGAUUAUUGGCCAUGUGCUUAAUUUUCAUUAUUUAUAGCACAUUCUAUGUACAGUUUCAGCAUGCGAAUUAAGCUCACAUCUCUAUUCAGCUUAAAUUUUUACCUCUAGACUACUCACUAAGGACAGCCAACGUGUACAGGACCCAACAUAAUGGUGGGUUUAAUUUGAAAAUAUAAAUCAAAGAAUACCGAAACAAUUGCCA